AUGGCUAUCUGGAAUCGGAAAGCAGAUGCUGCGUUCGCCGAAAACCAAGUGAAAAAUGAGGAGUAUAUCGAGCAAAAUUUUUCGGCCGAGCCUGAUGGUGUGGUUGAUGAGGAUGAGAAAGGAAUUGCCCUCCACCGCGGCCUGAAGGCUCGCCAUAUUACUAUGAUUGCAAUUGGCGGUGCCAUUGGGACUGGUCUUAUAAUUGGUACAGGUUCUGCUCUUGCAAAGGCUGGUCCUGCGUCUGUUUUGAUCAGUUAUUCGAUUGUCGGUUUUAUCGUGUACAUUGUUAUGUGUGCGCUCGGCGAAAUGGCAGCAUGGCUUCCCAUACCUUCUAGCUUUACUGGUUAUGCGGUUCGAUUUUGCGAUCCUGCAUUGGGUUUUGCGCUGGGCUACUCGUAUUACUGUAAAUACGUGGUUGUUACCCCGAACCAAUUGACAGCAGCCGCAUUGGUGCUUUCAUAUUGGGUUGAUAGGGACAGGGUGAAUCCAGGAGUUUGGAUUGCGGUAUUCCUAGUAACCAUAGUGUGUAUCAACUACUUCGGUAUUCGAUUUUUCGGGGAAUUUGAAUUUUGGCUCUCGUCUUUCAAGGUCAUCGUCAUCAUAUCCUUGAUUCUGCUGUCCUUGGUCCUUGCUCUAGGCGGGGGUCCAGAUCAUGACAGAAAGGGAUUCCGCUACUGGAAGGAUCCGGGAGCUUUCAACACGUAUAUUAGGGAAGGUUCCGCAGGCCGUUUCCUCGCAUUCUGGUCCACAAUGGUCACGGCAACUUUUGCUUUCCUAGGCACUGAGCUCGUUGGCGUUACUGUGGGGGAGGCUCAGAACCCUCGAAAGACUAUCCCUCGCGCUAUCAAGCUGACCUUCUUCCGAAUCCUCAUCUUCUAUAUACUCAGCGUCUUCUUGCUGGGGAUGUUGGUUCCAUAUAACUCGAGAGAACUUGCAUUCGCAACGAAAGCAUCUAACUCUGCUGCCGCCUCCCCGUACGUUGUGGCCAUCCACCUUGCCGGUAUCAAGGUGCUACCAGGAAUCCUCAAUGGUUGCAUUUUAAUUUUUGUAUUUUCCGCCAGCAACUCUGACUUGUACAUCGCCACAAGAACCAUAUACGGCCUUGCUCGGGAGGGGAAAGCGCCAAGGAUUCUUGCAAGGACAGACCGGAGGGGUGUUCCCAUCUAUGCGCUCGGCCUGUCUUCGUUAUUCGCUCUGAUCGCAUUCAUGAACGUUUCGAACGACACGAAGGUUGUUUUCGGUUAUUUUGUGAACCUAGUCACCAUCUUCGGGUUGUUAACUUGGAUCUCCAUCCUUGUUACGCACAUAUAUUUCAUUCGCGCACGCAAAGCACAAAAUGUCCCCGAGAGCUCUCUUGCUUAUAAAGCACCCUUUGGCUCCUACGGCUCAUAUGGUGCUCUUGCAUUCUGCAUUCUCAUCUCCCUUACGAAGAGCUUCGAGGUGUUUGUUCAUAACGAGGCUAAAUACGGAAAGUUCGAUUACAAGAGCUUUAUCACGGCCUAUAUUGGUAUCCCAUUAUACCUCUCUCUCAUCUUUGGGUACAAAUAUUUCACCAAAUGCAAACGCGUGAAGCCCCACGAGGCUGAUUUGUGGACGGGCAAGGACAAAAUCGAUCGCGAGGAGGCUGAAUUUUUGGCAAGGAAAGCAGCGCAGACCAAAAAUUAUGAGAAGGCUGGGUUUUUCUAUCGGACUUUCGUUUCGUGGUUGUUCUAA